AUGGCCUCGGAGUGGCGCUGUUCUACAUGUCUCGCGACAUUUAGUCGCCCAGAGCACUUGAAAAGACACACGGCGGCACAUCGGUACCUGACAAUCGCGACUAGGGACGUGCUCCGCCGCCAUGAGCGAACCUGCAAAUCUCGGGGGCAACUCGAUGAUCCAGGUCUCGAUAUCGUACUAGAUGGAAGAGACACGAAGCGUCAGCGAUGUUCUCAAACCUCAGAAUACGCAUUGAAUGCCCACGGACAGGUUCAGUCAUCAACAGAUGACUUCGCUUCGCAGAUUCACAGCACUGAGGACUAUAGCUGUGGCAUGUUCGGUGAUUCGUUAGACCUCUCUAACAAUGCUCUGGCCAAUAUGCCUUCGCCUUUAGAUUUUUCAUCUUUGGACUUUCUCCUGUUUCCCCGCAUUCCCUCGGAUACUUUUCUAGCGGAGAAACUGGAAUACAUGGCAUAUUUCACAAGUGCCAGAGGACUGUCUACGUUUACUGAUCGCCCGUCAUUCCUUCGAAGGCAAAAAAUGGCAGCCGAAGCCUACGACGCAAAACUACUGCACGGGGUCGAAAACUCACAAGCAAAGUCGUCACUUUUCAAUGAGGAAGCUUCUCAAUUAUCUACCGAUAGCGAUGUUCUUGUAUCGAAAUCACGAGAGAUCGUUGACAGUAUUCGAUCUAUAUCAUCCAACAGACGCAAAGAUGAUUCUAUUACCCUGGAAUGGUCGGCGUCAGUAUCAGCAAGAUGUUCGACCUUUUUCUCCCCUCAAAACAUCCGUCGCUUUCUGGAGUACUUCUGGUCACUGUGGUAUCCACAUUGUCCUAUCGUUCAUAAGCCACUCUUUCAUGCCCCAUCGGCUCCAUCACCGCUAUUAUGUGUCAUGCUCGUCAUUGGCGCGUGCCUCUCUCCACGAGCACACGAUACAGCAGCUGCACGGGAGUGGAUGGAUAGUGUCGAGGAGCUUGUAUUCAGCCAUGAAUGUUUUCGACGCGAGGCUACGGCAGAUCAGUCCACAAAGCUAUCCAUGAAGGAAAAAUUACAGUGCUUGCAAGCGUCGUAUCUAGUUUGCACGCUUCAGAAACGAGAGGGAACUGCUGAAGCGCAAGCAAGAAUCAGGCGCCAUCGACAUGCGUCAAUGGUGGCGCUGACAAGGAGUAUUGGACCAAAAAAAGCCUCUCACCGCCACUUCCGCCUGGAGGAGGCAUCUGACAGCUGGUGGAGAGAAUUUGUGGAAAAAGAGGAGCUUAUUCGAACAAUGACAUACAUCUUCCUGAUAGAUGCCGCACUCACGAUCCUGCACAACUCGCCUCCAAGAAUGGUUGUUUCAGAGUUAAAAAUGGAUGUCGCAUGUCCCGAAUCAUGCUUCCAAGCCGAGUCUGCCCAGGAAUGUUUCCAAAAUAUCCGUGGAUGGGCUCAAACACGAUUCUGGAAGAACCGCAUAUCUGUGGUUUCAGUCGUCCGGAGAGUCUGUCAGAAUAUGAUUGAUGAUGACCUUGUGCAAGAGUAUUCCCAUCUCGGGACUCUAAAUCUAUUUACGAUGGUUCAAUCAAUCCAUUCGCUCAUGUUCCACCUCCACAACUCCCUUGUUUUCGAGUCCACUUUAGCACCCGUGCAGACAGGUCUCGAGAACUGGCGUCGUAUCUGGUGCGAAAGAGUUCCGGAAGAUGCCGGGUUACCAGACACGCCCGAAAAUCUAUGGAAACAGGUCGGGUUUCUUCGCCAGGCAUCUGAGUUUUGGCAGUUGGCUAAAAUUAUGGUCGACGAAAUCAUGUCAACGACGAAUGAGUGUGAAUAUGAAAAUGACGACGAGGAAGAGAAGAACAAGACUCUCUCUCGGUAUGAUCAUACGGAUAUGGGUGAAGUGAAUGGGCUUAUUAUGCAGUAUCGAAGAUUGAAUCUUGGUAUGAGCUAG